CGGCUGGAUUGAGUGGGUCGUAGCGAACAUAUGAGUUGUUAACGCUUAAAUCCACCAAAGCGGGGGUGACUGGAGGUAAAACCAGCGCGUUAAAGAGCGAUGAGCUCGGAGCUUUAGCGCCAAUUUAAAUGAACUCCUCCCCGCCGGCGCGACUUCAGCUCACAGUCCCGACAAGGCGCGAGUUCAGACACUGAUCCCACAGAACCCGCGGCUCCACGCACGACUAGGGCUCCCCGCACGACCAAGCACCCCCACCCCAGUGUGGGACCCGCACACCACUGGACUCCUAGGGCUCGAUCUGGAGGUAAAGGCUCCCCAACUCCCAACUCUGCUCCCAAAGUAUCAACUUAUUAACUCGACGCCUUGUUGCAACGUAGCCGAGCACGACCUGUCCGGCUAACUUCUCCACAUUUAGGGGUUUGCCCCCCGCACCGUCCACCCCGGGACUAUAAUGCGAGGACAGCGGGAGAAGGAGCCCAAGUCCGUCGCUGCCCCGGCUCCCAGAGAGGUCACGGUGCGCUCCAGGAAGAGGAAGGCAGAUGUGGCCAUUCAUUUACAAGACCUGGAUGAAGAGGUGGCAGAGAUGACCAAGAAGAAGCAGCGUGAGUGUGAGGUGCGCUGCAACCCCGACGCCGCCUACGCCAGUCCACACCGGUGGAUCCCCACGCCGGACCAGGAAGAGUGUGACCAGGCGCCGCUCACCAGUGCGGCUUUCUUCCACGACAUCUUUGUGACCCCCGUCCGCUGCGCGCCGCUGCCAGCGCUCUGCUGGGCCAGCAAGGAUGUGGUGUGGAACAACAUGUUGGCCAAGGACAAGACGUACUCCAGGGACGUGCACAUGCUGGAGAAGCAUCCUCACCUGCAGCCCAAGAUGAGGACGGUGCUCCUGGACUGGCUCAUCGAGGUCAGCGAGGUUUACAAACUGCACAGGGAGACGUAUCACCUGGCCCAGGACUACUUCGACCGCUUCAUGGCCACACAGAGAAACGUCUUCAAGUCAACGCUGCAGCUCAUCGGCAUCACGUGUCUCUUCAUCGCUGCCAAAAUGGAGGAGAUGUAUCCUCCUAAGGUCUACCAGUUUGCCUACGUUACAGACGAAGCCUGCACGGAGGACGAGAUUCUCAGUAUGGAAAUCAUUAUUAUGAAGGAGCUGAAGUGGACCCUGAGCCCCCAGACGCCCAUCUCCUGGCUCAACGUUUACAUGCAGGUGGCCUACCUGAAGGAGACGGAGGAGCUGCUCAUCCCCCGAUACCCUCAGGACACCUUCACUCAGAUCGCUCAGCUGCUGGACCUGUGCAUGCUGGAUGUGCGCUGCCUGGAGUUCUCCAACGGCGUCCUCGCUGCUUCGGCGCUGUUCCACUUUUCCUCUCUGGAGCUGGUGGAAAACGUCUCAGCUCUGAAGAGGGUGGAGGUGGAGGAGUGUGUGAGGUGGAUGGUUCCGUUCGCCAUGGCGCUGCGAGAGGUCGGUGGGUCCACGACCAAGACCAUCGAGACGAUUCCCGCGGAGGACGUGCACAACAUCCAGACCCACGCCGCCUAUCUCACCUGGCUGGACAAGGCCUACUCCUACCAGGACGUGGAGCUGGAGCGUCAACGCCGCGUCUCCGUUCCCUCCGGCGUCCUGACUCCGCCCCUGAGCAUCGAGAAGAGCGAGGAGCCGGCCCGGGCGGAGGCCGAGGUCCCGAGAGUCAGGCCCAGGAUGUGCACGACUCCAUCCCCUCAACACCUACCGGAGUAGAGGCUGAGGGCUCAGUCUGGUUUUAUUUUGUUUUUAUAUAAGCUGCAAGUGGAAGAACGCAAACUGCCUCUGCGACGGACGGACCUCCUGACGAAGAAAUGACGGACACCAUUUCCUCUCCGGUGGGAUUCCGUGGAUCACGUGGAUAUGAAUCUUUAUAAAAGUGCAAACACUGACUGGAUAAAGGGGACGGAGGCCACAGGACUCACAGCGGCCGGUCUCACCCCCCAAACCCCCCAGGAACGUUCCCACUCAACCUUUCAGUCUGCAACCAAAGGGCUUCUGGGACUUGGACGCCUGAGAGGAUAUAUAUUAUUUUUUUUAUUAUUAUUUAAUGGCAAUGCGCCCAGAUGUUUGCAUUAAUUGCAAACCACAACAACAUUUAGCGGUUGCCAUUUUAAAUUUCUAUGCAGAGGUGUAAUUAAGCGGAUGUUUUAUGGAUUAUUGUGUUGUUAUGUGCAUGUGUGUUUAUGAUUAAUAGAGUUGUUAUUUUCUUUAAUCUAUUAGUGGGCCUGUUGCCCGACAACUAUUUCGGGGGUCGUAUUUGGCUCUACGUGCUGCUAUAAAAUGGGCUUUGCAUGAUGGGAAAUGUGUGGAGGAAACUACAUUAUAGUUUUUUUUUUUUUUUUUUUUUUUUUUAAUGUGUUCCUCAUGGUCAUCUUUUUAUUAGUGUUAACAUGCGUGACCUUUUACUUUGGGACCAGUAGCUUGGCUACCUCAAAGGAGUGAACCAGCCAGGCUUUAAAAGCUAGAAUAUUGAUUGUAUUUAACUUUUUUUUUUUUUUUUUUUUUUUUGUUGUUUUUUUUAUCCCAGCCCCGUAGUUUGUU